GCAAUAGAACCCAACAACACAAAACGCAGUCCCACUAGCUAGCAACUGAUGUGCCGGUACUGUACCACCACAGCCUGCAGGCACCCCGGCGACUGGUGUAACGUUUCCUAGCUCUUUUGUCUUGUAGCUAAGCAAGCUUUAAGGUUCUUGGCUGCAAAACGUGCAAACACAACUGCUUCAAAUCAAACACAGGACCUUCAGAUCUCAAGUCCGACAAUCUCCCAACUGUGGGUCCAAAAUGCAAGCCAACCGCAAGCAAAAAGCCAAGGAAUAAGCCAACGAAGAAUCCAAGGAAAAGGGACAGGCAUCCAAAACCAAGCGCUCAAGGAAAUAAUAUUCAAGGAGCUGACAAAGAAGUCCGGGGAAGAAUCAAAGGAAGAAACAAAGUCCCCUGGCAAGGAGGCACAACACGGCACAACAUCCAAUGUUUCCUUCCAAGAAAAAGGACCCAGGUGACGAGUCCACUCCCAAGUCCCCUGGGUAAAUGGUCACAGUCGCCACUUACUACCACGUCUUUGAAUAGUAGUGGCUGGAAGAAGUGUGGUCAAGCUUGCCAGGAGGAGGUGCCCAGAUACCAAUCUCCCGUACCGGUACCCUUUUGGGAAGAAACUUCUCUUGAUUUUGAUUGCUUCCAAGCCAGCCAUGUUGGAGUCUGUAUGCUUGUUGGUUUCCUCCUGAACUGUGGAGUUGUUCUACCAAUCCCGCAUUUUGUCUUGUAGCUCUAGAAGCAAGCUAAGGUUGGUUGCAAAAGGUGCAAACACAACAACUCCAAGAAAUCAACUGUAGGAAGAAGCACAAAAAGCAAAAUGCUUUGACUGUGAAUCGAACACAGGACCUUCAGAUCUUCAGUCUGACGCUCUCCCAACUGAGCUAUCAAAGCAGAUAUUCAUUAACACUUACAUCAACAUGUGUGUUUAUAAUGGAUGCUUUUGGAUUGUCAUCGUCGCCACUGAUCUCCACUUUUGUUCCGCUCUAACGCGGGAGUUCUGUUUCACACUCAAAAUGUGUCAAAAUGUGGUGCCGGUUACGAAUUGAAGCUCGGCCGACUUCACCUCAGUCACAGUUCGGUUUUAAAAUGAGUGACGAGUCGAGUCGAGUCAAACGAGGGAAGAAAAGUGAGUGAUCAAAGAUUCGAGCUCUUUUUCGGGAAAAGCACACCAUUGAAGUCUCCAUUUUCGAGACAACCACAGCACUUGUUAGGUGCAGAGUUUGUUUCUUCUUUGGUUGCUUGUUGAUCCAACUCUAUCAAGUGCUUCUACUUGCUCUUGUGUCCAGAAAGAGAGAGAGAGAGAGAGAGAGCGACCGACGCAAGGCAAGGCAAGGCACAAUGAAGAAGAUUUUCAUCAUCAAUUGGGAGGGCGAGGAGUACGAGUUGGAGGAACCUGAGAUUUUGAGCUACGAUGAAUGCGUCGACAAUCUUCGUACCAAGCUCCACCUAGAUGGACAUUUUUUCAAGGCCGAAACGAUGGAAGAACAGUAUAAACUCUGUGAAGUCUUCCAUCUGCUCUGCGAUCAUGUCUCUGCGAUCUACGACACAAAUGGAAAUGAAAACGACGCCCGUGCACCAGACUGGAAGCCAUGCGACUUGACCGACAAUGGGGCUGGAAACUAUGUGGCUGUGUACAAGGAUGGAUCGCACAAGCAAGGCAUGUCAAGACACUGUACAACUCGCGCUUCUCGGCAAGGCUUUGUAUUCAUUGCGAGGAUGCUCGACAUGGAAGAAGUAAGAGGCUCGGUCCCGCGACAGCUUGUCACCGACAUUUUGAAUCUCGAACUCCCAGGGUUGGCCGCACACAAUAGUCAUGACGGAGAAAUGGAAGAUCUUGUUGCAAUGCAAGUGUGUGAGAUUCUCUAUGCUUGUAUGCGAGCCAACUGCGUCACGAAUACGGUAGGAGAGUUGUUCCUGCAACUGCCAUCCGACGAAGUCCGAGAGGCCGUCACUCCAACAGAGUUCUCGCCUGCUGCGAUCGAGUUCAUGAAAGACAUCCCCGUCAAUGGGAUCACGUGCCAGUUUACGUGGGAGACCAUUCGAAGCACAUUGUACGGCAUCGCCAAGUCGUCUCCAGACUCGAUCCUACGAGAAAAGCUUCGCGAUGAGCCAAAAGGCGAAGCAUCAACUUUUUUGUUGAAUUGCAACCCACUUCUCCUUUGGAUCCAAAAAAAUGUGCCCUCGGUUAACCCGUUAGAAGGCUCGGCCGACUUGAAAAGAAGACUAAAGCACGUCUGA